CGUCUUAUUUCUCACGGCCACUUUUUUAUUGUAAUUUGGCAGGAGGAGCGGGAUCACUGCGCCACAUUACAAGAGAAACGUGUCCCAGUUCAUGUUCAGCAGCCUCUUUGCGCACACCCCGCUCUCAGUGAAGGCAGCAGCACUUCAGAUCAGAUUUCACAUUCUGCUCCGACCAGCUGAGAGAGAGGCAGCCAGAGCAAGAGGGCUCGGAUCUCCGCUUUCCCCCCCAUACGCACCCCCGCGCCACAAGCAGCGAGGAACCACCGGGCGCAAAUAUUUUAAACACCACUGGGAUUUUUUCCCCUUUCUUUUUUUCCUCCUUUUUAUGCAUGUUUGCAGGAUUUCAGCAGCGAGAGCUCCACUGAGAAUUAGAUAAGAGCGAGGAAGAGAUGGACGAGCAGACGCGGCUGAUGCACUCUCACUCCGGGGUAGGCAUGGCAGGGCACCCCGGCCUGCCGCAGCACAUGCAGGAAGGCACCGGAGGGUCGGACGGCGACGGGAGGAAACAGGACAUUGGAGACAUUUUACAGCAAAUUAUGACCAUCACGGACCAGAGCCUGGACGAAGCGCAAGCCAGGAAACACGCUCUGAACUGUCACAGAAUGAAGCCAGCUCUUUUCAAUGUCUUGUGUGAAAUCAAAGAGAAAACAGUGCUGAGUAUCCGCGGCGCCCAGGAGGAGGAGCCCCCGGACCCCCAGCUCAUGCGCCUUGACAACAUGCUGCUGGCGGAGGGCGUGGCCGGGCCGGAAAAAGGGGGGGGCUCGGCGGCGGCGGCUGCGGCGGCGGCGGCCUCAGGAGGGGGGUCGGGGCCCGACAACUCAACCGAGCACUCCGACUACAGAACCAAGCUCACCCAGAUCAGACAGAUCUACCACACCGAGCUGGAGAAGUACGAACAGGCCUGUAACGAGUUCACCACCCACGUAAUGAACCUGCUGCGGGAGCAGUCGCGCACGCGGCCGAUUUCGCCCAAAGAGAUCGAGCGCAUGGUGAACAUCAUCCAUCGCAAGUUCAGCUCCAUCCAGAUGCAGCUGAAGCAGAGCACCUGCGAGGCCGUCAUGAUCCUGCGCUCACGCUUCCUCGACGCCAGACGGAAAAGACGAAACUUCAACAAGCAGGCGACAGAGAUCCUGAACGAGUAUUUCUACUCACACCUCAGUAACCCGUACCCCAGCGAGGAGGCUAAAGAGGAGCUGGGAAAGAAGUGCGCCAUCACAGUGGCCCAGGUUUCCAACUGGUUUGGGAAUAAACGAAUCAGAUACAAGAAAAACAUUGGUAAGUUCCAAGAAGAAGCCAACAUGUACGCUGCGAGAACUGCCGUGAAUGCGGCUAAUGCAUCCUCACAUGGAAGCCAAGCAAAUUCACCCUCAACUCCAAACUCUGCAGGUUCUGCUGGCUCUUUUAACAUGUCAAACUCCGGGGACUUGUUCAUGAGCGUGCAGUCUCUCAAUGGGGACUCGUACCAGGGGGCUCAGGUGGGAGCCAACGUGCAGUCACAGGUGGAUACCCUUCGCCAUGUUAUCAGUCAGACAGGCGGAUACAGUGAAGGACUCACAGCCAACCAGAUGUACAGUCCGCAGGGCAUCAAUGCAAACGGCGGCUGGCAGGAUGCUCCGACCCCCUCAUCGGUGACUUCGCCCACAGAAGGACCCGGAAGCGUUCACUCUGACACCUCCAACUGAUCCUCCACCCCCCCACCCCUCCGUCCUUAACUUCCUCCUCCAAAUCUCCCAAAACUUAACCCCACCCCCCCCUCGGGCUGGAUGUACUGACUUUGGGGUCUGGGAUGACAUUAACGGACAAAUAUUUCACUUUUUUCCUAUCUGGACCGCCGUGUAGGAUGACUCAUACCCCCCUCACAGUUUGUACAGUUUCCACUCGAUGUCCAUGUUGCCUCUUUGUAUUUCUGACAGUACACUCACGCAGUAGGCGCACAGCUAGCAGAAAGCCCCCCCGUAUUGUAAAUUGAAACGCUCCCAUAUGUUCUCGAUUCGGAACAUCAGAAAACAACAGGCUUCGGUUUUACUACAGUGGUAGCACUUUCUAUGACUUCCAUGUCUAUAAUGCAUUAUUAAUACACUUAUAAUGCAAUAUAACCUGCUUGUAAGCACUCUUUAAUAUUCAUAAUGAUUUAUAACAGCAAUAUUAACACAUUAUAAACCAUUUUAUGAAGACUUUUAAGGUCAGGUAUCAUAAUACUUCAUAUUUGCUGUCAAUUCACUGACAUGUAUUUGCAUAGAUCAUAGUGUAUUGUUUUUUCCAUUUGUUAUAAUGCAUAAUAAUUGUUUUAUAACACAUUAUACUCUUUUUAUAAUGAAUUACAAUGUGAUUAUAGGUUACUGUGAUAUUAUUGUUUGCUUUGAAAAAGUUUAAAAUAAUCUUACAUGUUUCGUAUGUUCUUUAGAUUUAAUGAUGUUUUUGUUCACAGUAUUGAAGGCAAACAACGUUAGACUAACUUAUAAUCACAUUAUAAUGCAUUAUCAUAAGAUAUCCAUUUAAAAAUAAACUCUUAUUACAAUUAUUUGAAGAAAAAUUCUUGCAAAAAUAAAAUUAUAGUGUUGUGAUACACAACUUUAUGAAAUGUUGUUCAUGUUAAUAUAGGAUUACAAAGCAAAUGUAUGCUAUUAACUAUAAUUAAAGAGUGCUGCAAGCAGAUUCUAUGUAGGUUUAUAAUGCAUUACGGACAUGCAUAGAGAGUGUUAUCACAAUUAUUUUUAUAAUUAUUGAAAUGUUACUGUACACACACAGUACUCUUUAAUACUGUGUUCACACUUUUUGUUUCAUCUAUAGUGCCAAAGUUCAACCCUGGAGGUGAAUUUUGAUCAUGUUUUUCAGGUCAUAAUUUGUGAAGUAUUAUAAUGUCCUGUCAUAAUAAUCAGGUAAUAUCCCAGGCUUGAUUUGUAUAGUUUGUAUUCAGAACAAUAAUGAACAACAGAUUCAAUUUUUUUUGCAACAAAUAGAUUCCGUCAUGCUUGUUGGCGGCAUCCAUAAUAUUUAUAGAAGAAUUGACCUGAAACACUAAAUGAAUGACAACGUUGGAAGCCAUUUGGGCGUGU